UACCGCGAAACAUGAACGUAAAAUAACCUCUCUAAUAAUUAGUCAAAUGUUGAUUUUGUAAUUUUUGGAGUAUCAGUCGAUCAUUUUACUACUCAUUUUGACUCGUAUCGAAACUCAGUAUGACGUCAAUCAAAAAAAAUUCCCCGGAACGCUCUGAUACCUUCGCAAAGAGUUGCACACAGAAAAUCAAAACGAACUAUUUCUUUUCGUUGCAAUGCAAUAAAAAGCCCACUAAUACGCAAUCAAGACGAGCUUCGAAAAUAUCUGCUUCAAGUGUGGAGAUGUAUCUUAGGAUAAGACCAGCAUCGGUACUUCAAAAGAAUUACAUCGUACUCGACACGAGAACUCUUUUAACGUUUGAGGAUAAAUUCACUCGAAAUUCGAGAUGCACGAAAUCGAGCGAGGCCGAAGGUAGACGGCAUGUCUUUACGAAGAUUUUUGGAUCAGAAACUUCGCAAGCGGAGAUGUUCGAGGGAUCCAUAAAACAUCGAGUCGUGGAGUUUUUCAGUGGUAAAAGUUCGACCAUCAUGACUUACGGCAUGAGGGAUUCCGGGAAGACUUAUACGCUGUUUGGCACGUCCUCAUCGCCUGGUAUAAUAACACGCAGUAUUGAGCUUGUAUUUUCGGCGAUAAACUGCACUAUAGCGCCGUGGUACAAACCGACGUUUCAGGACACCGUGCUUUGCUUGAAUGAGACCGCGCGAAGCGUGGAGAUGCAACGAACGGCACGAGUAUUAAAUGGACGAUCAACGAAUGUAAAACAGACAUCUGCGGAGGCAAAAAAAUUUCUGGAGAACUCACAGCUAGGAAAUCCUGAUAAAUCCGAAGAGUGCAAUAGCGAGUCAAUGUACGCCGUUUGGCUGUCCUUCAUGGAGAUUCAUAAUGGAAACGUUUACGAUCUGUUGGACGACGCGGAAACAUGCUCUCCGUUGAAAUUGCAUAUUUACGGUUUGCAAAAGGUACAUGCCUUAACUGCGCUAGAAGCCUGUCAGAUUCUCAUGGCAGGCCAAUCGAGAAUGAAUAUUGUCACGACAGGAUCGGAGAAGUCUCGAUCACAUAUUAUUUUCACUAUGACGUUACUAAAGUAUCAGAAGGAUUGUGCAGCGGACGAAGUGAUACUCAGUACUUUAACUUUUUGCGACUUGGCUGGCUCUACACAGUUCAAAAAAUCACAUAUGCGCGAAGGAAGUAGCAUCAACAACAGUCUGCUAGUGCUUGGUAGAUGUCUCACGGCUGUGAGUCAGAAUCAAAUAGCACCAUUUCGCCAGUCAAAUUUAACAAGAAUAUGUCAACGAGCCCUCUCAGGUGAAGAAAAUCUGAGUUUUAUAGUGAAUGUCGUUUUUCAGCCAAGUCUAUUUGAUGAAAUACAGAGAAUUUUUAAUUUCUGUGAUAUAGUUAGAAAGCUAACAAAUUAUCAUAAGGAAUGCAAACAAAUUUGCGAAUUUGGAGAAACUAUCCGUGAUCUCGAAACAUGUGAUGAUAACACUACGACGUCAUCAUCUAAUUAUCAAAGUCCAUGUGAGAUUGCAGAAACGAUUGGCUGUACCGAUUCGUUAGAGUGCAGAAAUAUACGAGAGCAGAAUAGAAGACUGAAGCAAGAAUUGGAAACUGUAAAAAGUGGUAUGCUAAAUUGCGAAUACACAAUUCGACAACAACUAGCUGAUCAUUAUUUACGCAUGAUUGAAGAGUUAGAAGGGACCUACAAAGAGAAUACCAAGAAGAUCGAAACUGAGGGAGAAGAUCUAUUGAAAUGGUCUCUCAAACAGGUCGAAAGCUUUUAUAAGGAACGCAUCGAUAAUCUGAUGCAGAAUAAGAAGAGAAAGCGAGGAAACUGCGGCGAUUACAUCGAAGAUAAUCAUACACUUUACGAAGAGCUGGAAGCUGAGAAUGCACAGGUCACUUCCAAGAUGAUGGUUCUGAAAGAAGCAGUGAAGAAAUUGAGGCAAGAGAACAAGACGAUCCUCUGCGAAAAGAACAAAUAUAGUUUCGAAUUAGCUUUGGUAACGGAAGAAUUGAAAAAGUUUCGACAGCUCACGCGAGCUAUGAUUCGUAAGUGGAGUGGCAAUACUGAAAACAUCGAGGAUGAUGCUGAUUGUCUCAUGAACAAUCUGGAACGGUUAAUGAAUGAAAAAGUAAAAAGAACUGAGGAGAAACUCGAAGAGAUGAGCGAAUAUAUUUGUGUAAUAGAAAAUAAAGACACUGAAACUGCUUCUGGAGCGAAACAGAAAUUAUCAAAAUCUAAGUAUCUUUUGAAUGAUACUUUGAACAAAGUGGAAGAAUUAGAGGAGGAACUUUUACAAGAAGCUUGCAUCGUCAAACUACAGCAUCACACACAGUUGCAAGAAAGACAGCUUGUUGAAGUUCGACAGUGCUCGAAUGAUACAAAAAAUGAGAGUAUAAGCGAUAAAAAAUGUGACCAAUUAACAAAUAUUUCAUUUGAGGAUUAUAUAGCAGAUAGCUCUAUUCAGGAUAACACAUCUGUAGUGAAAAAUCCCUCACGAACGUGCAUGAACUCAACCACAAUUAAACAACACGAGUUUAACGACUGGAUCGUUGUUCCUACAUUGUUUGCGGACCAUGUCGAAUCAAUGAAGAAGAAACUGUCGAACGUGUCAAGCGUUGAUCGCAAAAAUCUCUUCGAAAGUAGUGGCAGUAUGGAUUGCAGCGGUUCUAGAUCGAGUGACAGAAGUAGCAAAGAUGACUCGGGUGUAAGUAGCGAAUUACAAAGAUCUACCAGCGUAAGUGAUCACGCAAGUACCCGCGAAAAUGAAGAUAAGUGCACACAAACUUGUGUAAUCGAUAAGGACAGUCAGAAUUUAGUGAAAGAAAACAUUGAACAGCUCGAAGAUAGCACAUAUUUGAAUAAAUGGAAUUAUCAAGAGACGGUACAUGUUGCUGAAUUGUCUCAGAACCUGGAAACUAUUCGGGAUGUGAUUUAUGCCUUAAAUGAAGAGACUUAUACGAAUGAUUAUCAAAUGCUGCACAAAGAAGAAAUAUUGGAACGACUGAUUGAAGAAAAGAAUGAAAUUGGAAUCAAAGACGAUGGUGUAUUCAAGAUGACAGAAAAUAAAAUACAAGAAUACAAACGAGAGAUUUGUGAGCUAAGCCGCAAACUGAUAGUCAAGGAAGAAAAGGAAAAUCAAAUUUCCAAAUACCUAGAAAGAUAUAUAAAUAAAUCUAGAACUUUUGAAAAUAAAUUAUCUUUGUUGCGAAACCGACUGAAGAAAGUAUUUAGUAGAUGCGCAAAUGAACACUUACCAAAGAUCGAAAAUUUGGAAGGAGAAUUGUUACAAAAGACUCUACAGAUAAGUGAGUUCGAUAGAAGGAUUGCUGAAAUGCAACAUGAGUUUGCGAAAGACUACGAAUUGUUCCAGAAGAUACAUGAUUUUGAGAUUAUUGUGAACAGAUGUCAAAAAGACAAGAACGAGCUUUACACGCAGUUGUAUGAAUGUUCCGAGACCCAAUUGACUCUCAAGGAUAAACUGAAGAAAUUAACAAUGAAGAUAACAGAAAGAGAGAGCGAAAUUAUCUCGUUGAAAAGUGAAGUACAUAAUACAGCAGAUCUGAACGUUGCAAACAAUGAGAAAGCGAGAAAUCUGAGUGAGCAAAUUACCGAAGCAGACGAAAGUAUCGGUUUGGUUAAGGAAGAUCUGCAUUGUUGCAAAGAUUUGCGUAAAAAUGUGGAGAACACCAUGAAAGCGGAAAUUUAUAAUUUGAAAUCUCGGUUGUCAGAUCAAGAAAAUAAUACAACACUUUUGAACGAAAUUUACAAGACUUAUAGCGACAGCCAGGAUGAAAUAACUCGUUUAAAGAUGCAGCUGGAGCAUAAAGAAUUAGAAAUAACUCUGCUUAAAACUAAUAAAGAUGCUUCAAUAAAAAGAUACGAGAUUUUGAAACAUUUGCAAAAUGAAAUCGAAGAGAAGAAUAAAUACUUUGAAACUGCGAACAGUUCAAAUAACUUGGAAAGAUCUUUAACUGAGAAUCAAAAACAGUCAGAAGAAACCGUAAAAGAUCAUGAAGCCAAAAAUAGUUUCGCAAGCAGUUUCAGUUUUGUACCUAAACACACUAGUUCGGAGACAUUAACUGUUUCGUCAACUCCAAGUGAAAAAUCCACAACUUUUUCCGAUGAGGCUAAUGGCUUUGGUUACAUUAGCAUUAAAUUGGAUAACGAAUCUUGUCAGACAGACAACAGUGUAAAGUCAAACGUAUAUUCAUCUGUAUGCGAAACUGAUAGUUCUGAAAUGGAAGAUAAUUUUAAUAUGAGAUCAUCACAUACCAAAGACAAAAAGAAAAGUCCAAAUUGGAUGAAAGUUAGAAAAAUAUCUGAUAAUACCACACUUUCGCGAUUCUCUAAACACACAGAUAUUAAUAGUAAUUCAGAAACUGAGUGA